CAGAGUCUACGAUUGCAAGGUGCAGGCAGCGGCAUCUAUGGCUCAAUAAAAUCUAGUGAUCUUGCAGGCAUGGCAGCAGCCGCACCCGCGGUCGGCGCACACGCAGCACCGGCUGCACCCCAAGGAGGCUACAUUGAUAUACCGGUUUCAAAUGUGCGCGGCGUGAUUGCGAAACGUCUAAAGGAGUCGAAACAGCAAAUACCGCACUAUUAUGUGACCAUGGAAUGUCAAAUGGACAAUUUGCUGAAACUACGAGAGAAGGUUAAUAAGAAAUAUGAGAAACAGGGUGUACGUGUGUCGGUCAAUGAUUUUAUCAUUAAAGCCACUGCCACUGCAUGCCGCAAAGUGCCGGAAUCCAAUUCCUAUUGGAUGGAAAGCGUGAUAAGACAAUUCGACAAUGUCGAUGUAUCAAUGGCCGUCUCCACUGAUACCGGCUUAAUUACGCCAAUUGUUUUCGGCGCCGACCGUAAAGGUGUAAUUGAUAUCUCAAAAGACACCAAAUCAUUAGCUGCCAAGGCCAGAGAAAAUAAAUUGAAGCCUCAGGAAUUCCAGGGUGGUACCGUUUGCGUAUCCAAUCUCGGCAUGAUGGGCGUUUCCCAAUUCUGCGCCGUCAUUAACCCGCCACAAUCCUGCAUUUUGGCAAUUGGCGCCACAACGAAGAAGUUGAUACUCGACCCCGAUAGCCUUAAAGGUUUCCGCGAAGUCAGCGUAAUGAAUGUUACUUUAAGUGCGGAUCAUAGAACAGUGGAUGGCGCUGUUGCUGCCAAAUGGCUGCAAUACUUCCGUGACUUCAUAGAGGAUCCACAGACAAUGAUUCUUUAAGUUUAGCACCACUAAAAAAUACCUUCAUUAAUACAUACACCCACAUUCAGUUAAGCGUAAUCCAUUAUAAUGACCAACGUAUGUAUAGGUAGCGAAGAAAAAUAGAAAUUCUACACACAAGCGUACAACGUAACGGCCAUCACAAUAUUUCUACGUUGGCGCUGGUGCGCGCCACACAUUUUGGUCCCACAGCACAUAGAAAAUUUACCACCAGAGAGAGCUUUGUUGUGUGUAUGUUGAAAUAUACGCGAUUAUGUGGAUUUAAUUUUUUUUGCUUUAUUUUUAAUUAUGACUUAAUUGGUUUUGAAUCAGCUCAUAUGUGAUUGUUUGUUUUAAUUUAGUUCCCGUUUUCCUUAAUUUUGUUUUGCUAAUUAAAUUAGAAAAACAAUUAAUAUAUACAUACAUAUGUAUGUAUGAAAAGAAAACACAGCAAUUUGUAAAAUAGACUUGGUGUGCCCCACAAAGUAAAGAAUGAUAUUGAAAAUAGAGCAAAAGAACUGCCGUAAAGAAGCAAAUAGAAAAUAUGCAUUGCUUGUUGUUGUUGCAUUGAUAUCUCACACAUGUUACCAUAUACCAUGUAAGCGCCAAAUCAGAUGUUAAAAUAUUUAAAUAUAAUAAAUCAUUUGUCAAUGAUAAGGCGACAGUACAACUUGUAUGUAUGUAAUUUAUGUACAGUUAUAUAAACGAAAAUCGCCGCGUCCACACGACAGCUCACGAGCGCACGCAUGCAGCGCAUGGCUAAUUGGAGCAGAACAUUGUUGCUGCAACACAUUUAAUAAUUUAUGAAAUAUUAUUAUUAAUUAAAUUUUUUUUCUGUUUGGUUCAUUUAUUAUAAACAACAAAUAGUCGUUAUUCGUGAUUUGCGAAUACUUGGUCCUUAAGGUAACCGACAGUCCAGCAUUGCUGUUGUAAUUUAAAUGAAUAUAAAUAACAAAAUGUAGAAAAAUGAAUAGUCAAAAAGAAAAUGAAGGGAAAUACACAACUAGACAAAUGAAAGAUGAA